AUGGCAACACGUUCGUAUGUUAUACCAGAUGUUGACGACGAUGAUGAUAAUCAAAAAGAAUCAAUGAAUUUAUUUUCUAAAAGAAUAAAAACAGAUGAUUCAUCAACAAUAAAUGAAACAUCAUCAUCAUCAAAUCCUAUUAAUGAAACAGAUUUUUCAACAUCAUCUGUUCGUCCAACAUCGUCAUCAUCAUCAUCACUUUUCGUUCAUUCUCGUCAACGAGGAAAUCCAUUAUUAAAAUAUAUACGUCAAGUUAAAUGGGAAUAUUCCGAUAUGAUAUUGGGUGGAGCCGAUUAUUCAAUGAGUCGUAGUUCAUGUGCAUUAUAUUUAUCUCUUCGUUAUCAUCAAUUAAAUCCAAAUUAUAUAUAUGAACGUCUUAAGUCAAAUAAAUUACCAUAUCAAUUAAAAAUUUUACUUGUUCAAUGUGAUAUUAAUGAAGCAUCACAAACAUUAAAAGAACUUGCACGUCUUUCAAUUAUUUAUGAUUUAACACUUAUUAUUAGUUGGAAUGAUGAAGAAUCAGCGAGAUAUUUAGAAACAUAUAAAAUAAUUGAAGGAAAAUCAGCUGAAAAUUUAAUGGAUCUACAACAAUAUCAAUCAAAUGAUUAUUUAACAAAAUUUAUUGAUAUGAUUACACAGAUUAAAUCAGUAAAUAAAACAGAUGCUCAAACAUUAUUACACGGAUUUGGUUCGUUAGAAAAAAUAUUAAAUUCAUCAAAUGAACAAUUAUGUGUUUGUCCUGGUUUAGGAACAUUAAAAGCUCAAAGAUUAUAUCAAUCAUUUAAUCAACCAUUUAAAAGAGAAAAACAAAAAAUAAAUAUUAAUAAACAAAAUAAAAUUUCACAAGAUAAACAUUUUGAUGAUCAAACACAUUUAGAUUUAUCGAAUAUUGAUGAAGAAGUUUAA